UUAAAUAAUUAAAUUAAUUUUGUAUCAUGUCUGUCCAGAACAAAGCAUUUAUUUAUCGAGGCUUGGAAUACGAACAAAUAAGAGAUUUUACUCAGCGUAUACAAACGGAGUUCCCCCAGGCAAAAAUACUCCCACCCAACACUCCUCCAGAUGAUACCAUUCGUUCAUCUGAUGGGCAGUAUAUUCAGAUUUGUGCUGUGAAACCUAUCCCAGAACCUAACCCAAAGUUUGACGGCUUGGAAGUUGAUGAGAGGAUUCUCAAGUACUAUGCUGUCAAUCAUGUUCGCUGUUUCUUUUAUGACAGAGCAACAUAUCGUGGAGGUGCAGACAAGGAUAAUGAGUUUAAGAACCUCUGGAUUGAGAGGAUAACAUACACAAUAGAGUCAGAGUUGCCAGGAAUUCUCAAGUGGUUUGAAAUAGUAGACCAGAGGAUAGAACAAUUAUGUCCGCCCCAAUGUGCCUGUGAGACUGUGGAGAAAAAUAAUAAGCAACUGAAACAGAUGUCCCUCCAGUAUAGAGCUAACCCACAUGAGUGUGAAAGUCUGUCUGAUUCGGGUUGGAAGGCGUAUGAAUCCUAUGUACGCAAGUUGGAGCGUGAUAGGAUCAGGAGGUCUUCCUCCAGAAGUAUGUCAGACAGUAAACGUCAGGGCAUUAAUGUUUCUCCUGCUAACCCUCCAGUAGCAUUUGCAACUCCUAACCCUGUAGUGUCGCCUUCGGGCCCCGAAAUGGUGUCUGUGGAGGGUAAUGCUCUUUCUGUGAUUCUUGAUUCGCUGCGUAAUCUGGAAUCUAAAGUGCUCGCCUUAGAAGGUAAAAGUGAUCAUAGUGCAGUGAAGUGCAGUGAUAGUGCCCCUAAUGUUGUCAGAUUGGCCCUAUAA